CGAGCACGAGGCGGUCGUGAGGUGCGACGACCCGGCGACGUCUGUAUUUAGCCACCACCGCAGCUCUUCGCGCUGCAGCUAGAGAACAUGGCGGAAGCACCCGGUGAUCAGAAUAAAGGACAAGACGCAAACAGGAAGAGUAAGAAGAAGCGUCAACAGCAGCAGCCCAAAAAGUCGGCGAAGGAAGACGCCCAGCGAGAUGGCCAGCUCCAGAAAGAUACGAAGGCGGGCAAGGUCCCUGAAGGAAAGGAAGGUGCCAAAGUCGGAAAUGCUGAAAGACUGCCCAAGUCGCUUCCUGCCAAGGACAGCGCGGAACCCAACAACCCGAGGACGCUGACCAAGCUUCGACCUUCCUUAUUGGCACUCAGAGAGGCGUUCAGGAAGCUGGCGCCCAAACCGAAAAUGGACAUGGGAGGCAGAAAGAUAUCGGUGGUUUCUUCUUCCAUGGCGUCCGGACCAUCAUCACCUGCGUCAGGCCCGUCUACACCCGCCGGGCGUUCUACGGUCGUAUCACCCAUAAGGAGCCACGAGCACAGCCAGGAGGGGCAUUCCAUCGUGGAUAUCGGCCGCAACAAGAACGGCAACCAAUCGCCCACUUCCGGUCACGUGUCACCCUCCAACAGCACCGCCGUACGCUCUCUCCCGCGAAACUUCUCUGGCAACAUCACCGGUGGCCGGUUGCUGGCAUACUGCGUCGCGGCUCUUGUCAUGCUCGCUGUUGCCGUACUUCUGGUCGUGAUCAUGACCAUGAUCUUCAAGCGAAUGCCAUCUAAGAAACAAGAGGUUUCUUCGUCCGUCACGACUGUCACCAGUCCUCAUCAAGUGAAAGGUGGUGUCGGCGCGGACGGUUACGAUCGUACCAUGUUACCUGUACGAUGA